AAAACCUUUCGGCCUGACCAAGUAUGGAAAUAGUUGUUGGAUUUCCUUUUUCUUCCGUUCCCAUGCUACAAAUUUGUUUCGCUACUAGAAAACCUGCUGGUUUAAGAAACGUACGUGUAGGGUAACAAUUUCUGGCCUGGCGCGUUAUCUUUCGCUGGGAGCCGAUCCCAAUAGAAUAGUGUGUGUCAAUCAAAUAACAAUCCCAAACUUUUCCCCUCACCUCCCUACGGAAUAUACAAAACCCCCGCCCCCCCCUUCCCACAACGCAGAAAAAAAGCCCUACUACUAGACCAGUCCUAUUUAACCCCUCGCCUUUCUUCGCGUCUCAGUUGUUAAGCAAAGAUCCCCUCCUUUCAACACCAAACAACAUCAAACAUUUUUCUGCUACAAUCAUCUUUCCUUCGUAAAUCGAUCUGUAAGCAUAGAAAAGGGAAAGAAAAAAUGAAGGAAAUGUCAUAUACAGAAGGGUGACCAUUCGGGGUCCUCUUGAAUUGCAGCAGAAAUGGUUAUUAUCGUUAGGAGAUGAAGGAGAGGCAAAGGUGGCAACCAGAAGAAGACGCACUCCUCCGCGCCUACGUUAAACAAUAUGGAGCCAAAGAAUGGAAUCUUAUCUCUCAACGCAUGGGGAAAAAUCUUGACAGAGACCCCAAAUCCUGCCUCGAACGUUGGAAAAACUACCUCAAACCUGGGAUCAAGAAAGGCUCUUUAACCCCCGAAGAGCAAUCCCUCGUCAUUUCCUUACAAGCCAAGUACGGUAACAAGUGGAAAAAGAUUGCUGCUGAAGUCCCUGGCCGCACCGCCAAGAGACUAGGCAAGUGGUGGGAGGUUUUCAAAGAAAAACAGCUCAAGCAGCUCCAGAAGUCACAGCACCGCCAAGAAUACACCGACCCUGUUGCCGUCUCCGCCGUUUCCGGCAGGGCCUCACCGGAAAAAGCUGUUCAAGCUGGCAAGUACGACCACAUUUUGGAGACUUUCGCAGAGAAGUACGUGCAGCCAAAACUUUUUGCAUUCCAGUCCCUUCCAUUGCCUCCCGCUAUCAUGCCUAACCUUUCCCUUCCCGAACCGCCUCCGGUUCUUUCUCUUGGUUCUGUCGCGAUAACAGAACCGAUGAAUGGUUCGGCUGCGACAAUUCCGUCUUCUACCCUCCCUCCAUGGAUGAAUACUAUGAAUAUCACCCCGACAACGACUUCUUCUUUGACCUCAUCGUCUUCCACUCCAUCUCCAUCGGUCAGCCUCACUCUCUCACCAUCUGAACCGGCUGUCCUGGACCCGGUUCAACCGGAAAUGGGUUUGCCGAGCCGGUUCUUUCCGGUUCAACAAAUGGGCGCUCUCAUUCAGUGCUGUAAAGAGCUGGAAGAAGGGAGACAAAACUGGGUUCAGCACAAGAAAGAAGCUACGUGGCGUCUGAACCGGUUGGAGCAGCAGCUGGAUUCCGAGAAGGCCCGGAAAAGAAGAGAAAAGAUGGAGGAAAUUGAAGCCAAGAUAAGGUGCUUGAGGCAAGAAGAAAUGGCCUUUCUUGGAAGGCUUGAAAGUGAGUACAGAGAUCAGCUGAGUUCAUUGCAGAGAGAUGCCGAGGCUAAAGAAGCAAAGUUAAUGGAAGCAUGGUGCAGUAAGCAUGCUAAGUUAGCUAAGCUUGUUGAACAAAUUGGCGUCCACAGUCAUGGGUUCACAACAACAUUGGCUAAGGACUUGCGUUAAUUAGUAAUUUAGUUCUAGUACUAAAAAGAUGUGGACAAUUUUCAUGUUUACCAA